GCAUUGUCGACCGCAUGGAUUAAACGCACAUAAUGGAUGUCCUCAAUCGUGCAUACAAUAUACCGGUGUGAAAGUUGACAGACGCAUGUUGGACCAUCGCCGACGCUUCUGUUGGGCCAAGGUCGUCGCCUCCGCCUUGCCUACGCGCUGUCAAGGCACUAUCCCCAAAGUGUGGACAGGUCUGUCCCAGCAAAGCAAUCUACCAUGGGCUCUGGCUCCAGCGCGGCCCACGAAACCUUCCGGAACGUUUCCCUACCGCAGCAAUUUCCUAAUCCCAUCCUAAGGUCAUCCGGGCUUUUGUCUCCAGCUCCGCCUCUACCUAUCGCGUCUCCACCGCCACGACCUGCCGGACGAACGCUGCCGAGCCCACCGUCACCCUCCGGAACGCGAGGAGUACCUAUUGUGAAAGCAACCCUUGCUGAAAGCACCGUCAGUGCAAACAACAACAACAACAACGACAACAUGUGGGCGGAUACAUCUCACCAUUCCCGGACCAACCGAGGUGACACAGGGAUCUUGCUGUCAGAAGAGCAACCUGGUCUCAAGAGCGUGAGAAACUUCAGACACCGCGACAGCGACGAGUUAGACAAGCAGAUACGAGAAAUCGAACAAAUGACAGAAGGUAUUCUUGAAGACGUCGAGGACGCCGAUCUCUUUUCAAAGUCUCCUGUUCUCGAACAAAAUUUAUCGUCGAAGAACGGCUUGUUGGAAAGGCUCCAAAUGGCGCCGACGAACUAUGGUGCUAAGUUGAUGGUGCAGCCGAAAGAUACGGUGCAUACGACGAGGAACGACGGCACGAGAUUAGUGGAAAGGCCACCUGGAUCAGAACACUUAAGUCGAGCACUUCCACCGACGAGGUCUAUUCAGCACAGGAGAGCAUCGGUGCCGAGAGAGAGCGUGUUAACAGUACAGCAUCGAAUUUUCGCCAACAGAGGCUUUACGGGAGAGACACUACCCGGCAGGGUACAUUCACACAGACAUGUGAUACAGGACAUAAAGAGUAGGCAGCAAGUGGUGAGGAGGUUGAAUGCUACGUGUGUCCCUGUUCUCUACCCUAGACAAGAAAAGGAGGAAGAAAAGGAUAUGUCAUACAAUAAGCCUGACGUCGACGUCAAUUUUGAGAAGUUCAAACAAGUAAACUCCAGGCUAACGGAGCAGCAAGACAGUGACGCGGAACCGGUGCCUGUGAAACGCCCUCCUGAAGGCCAACACCUUCAUCUGGAUCACGGCGUCAGGGACAGUACACUGGGUGGAGAACCAGCAAGCGUGACCGUCCCGAGACAAGAACCGAAACCACCGGAUUACGACGAAGCUGAAGAUCUGAUCCUCAAGGAGAUCGAGAAAGAGUUCAUUUCUACUUGAGGGGGACGGACUCAUUUCCAAGAUCGCACAAUCAAUUCAUGUACAGGAUAGGUUUGUUAUCAGUUAUGUAAAAUAAAAUAAAAGU